AGAAAGACUUAAUAAGAGUGACAGGAGAUUUCUGUGUCAUUUUCUGCUUUACAAACUCAGAGGGGCAGCAGUUAGUGAGAGACGAGGGCAGCAGUUAGUGAGAGGAAGAGAGAGGUAGCACUGUCAUUCUGCAAUGGGGACAUCCAAAGAGACCCCUGUAGACAGAGACACAAAGAAAAAGGAUGACAGUGUUUAUCUCAGGAGGAAGAUUACUCUGCUCAGAGCCAUCUCUCUGACUGUUGGAACUAUCAUUGGAAGUGGCAUUUUCAUAUCUCCAAAGGGGGUUCUAAAGAAUUCUGGUAAUAUUGGUCUGUCCCUCAUCAUAUGGGUGGCCUGCGGUGUCCUCUCAAUGUUUGGUGCACUGUCUUAUGCUGACAUUGGUACAACCAUUAAGAAGUCAGGAGGACAUUACAUCUAUCUGUUGGAGACACUUGGUCCUUUACCUGCUUUCCUGCGACUCUGGGCUGAAUUUGUCAUGAUUCGACCAGCCAACAUUGCAGUGGUUACUUUGGCGUUUGGACGUUAUUUAAUAGAGCCGAUUUUUGUGCCCUGUAAUGCACCAGCUGUCGUAGUUAAACUGAUUAGUGUCAUCGGUAUUGCAUGUAUUAUCGCCUUGAACUGUUGGAGUGUCAGCUGGUCGGCAAAUUUUCAGACCGCUUUUACAGCACUAAAAUUAGUAGCUCUGGUACUGAUUAUAGUUCCGGGAAUCAACACUCUUGUGCAAGGACAUAAUGAAAACUUCCAGAAUGCAUUUGAUACAAGCUCAUUGGCUUUGGACAAAAUCCCCUUAGCUUUCUACUCUGGCAUGUUUGCCUUUGGUGGUUGGUUUUAUAUUACCUUUGUUACUGAAGAAAUUAUAAAUCCAGAGAGGAACAUCCCUCUGACGGUGAUAAUUUCCCUCACUGUUGUUACCAUUGGUUACCUGUUGGCUAAUGUUGCCUAUUAUACCAUUUUGACAGCUGAGGAGGUUUUGGGCUCAGAUGCUGUGGCCGUGAGUUUUGCAGAAAAAACACUUGGACAAUUUUCUCCUGUUAUACCCAUCCUGGUGGCAAUGUCAUGUUUUGGAGCUUUGAAUGGAGGAAUAUUUGCAUCUUCAAGGAUGUUGUUUGCUGCCUCCAGAGAAAACCAGUGGCCUCCCUUAUUUGCUAUGAUCCACAUCAGAAGACACACGCCACUGCCAGCCCUGAUACUAAUGACGCCUCUGAUCAUCCUAAUGAUCUCAAUCGGGGACCUUUAUGGACUCUUAAAUUUCUACAGCUUCUCGCGAUGGUUGUUUAUGGGGCUCGUAACUUUAGGACUUAUUAUUCACUCUCACAGGUACCCGGACCUUCCUCGACCUUUCAAGGUCCCAAUGGUGAUACCUCUCAUCUUUACUAUAAUGAGCCUUUUCAUUGUGGGAAUGUCCCUGUAUUCGGACCCUAUUAAUACAGGCAUUGGCUGUGCCUUCACGUUAAGUGGUUUGCCAGUGUACUAUCUAACAGUACAAAAGUCAAGAUUACCAAGGCAGUUCGUAGAUGUAUUCAAUCGUCUGACUGUGAAGCUGCAAAUACUUAUGGAAGUGGUUCCUCAAGAAAUAAAAACCUAUUAACUGCGUGAACACUCAAAUGGAACAUUUCUGGCUGGGUUCUGCUGGCACAAGCACAUUUCUACAAAAUAAAAAAAAUAAGGACAUUAUUCAUAAACCAGUUCAUAGGACCUUAUGUUUUGUAUUUCCAACUGUUUAUAAUAUUUACGUUUAUGUUUUGCAAAUAAAAAAGGUUUUCCAAAUAAAAUUGUUACAUAGAAACAUAA